UCGCGCCGGACUUCCGGUCCUUGGGCCUGGGGCGGGGUCUUCGCUUCAGGUCAGGCCUCGGCGCUAGCGGGGCUCGCGUUCUUCGGAGGUGUUCGGGCGGGCGGGUUCGCUCCGCGGCGGGCUGCCCAUGGAGAGCCCCGCGGCCACGUUCACGCUGGCCUAUGUGGUGCUGGCCGUAUGCUUCGUGUUCCCUCCGAACGAAUUCUACUCCGCCGGCCUGACGGUGCCGGGCCUGCUGGGCGGCUGGCUGGGCAGCGAGGACGCGGCCUUCGUGCAGUACCACUUGCGGCGCGGCACUAGCACCCUCUUGGCCCACGCCUUGCUGCCCCUCGGCUAUUAUAUUGGCAUGUGUUUUGCAGCACCCGAGAAACAACUAUGCAGUUUUCAUCAGACUCCUGAAGGUUGGAAGUUCUUCUUCUUGAUAGCUGUUCUUGCCCCUACAUUUGCUGGUAUCUUAGCCUAUUACUGGUCACAAAAUGGUUGGGGUAACCACCCGCUGGUCAAGACAAUUUCUCUUUAUGCCCUUCCACAGUCAGACUGGAGGGCAGUGGCUUCUUCUAUCAACACAGAAUUCAGGAGGAUUGACAAGUUUGCUACUGGUGCCCCAGGAGCAAGAGUAAUCGUUACAGACACUUGGAUCAUGAAAGUGACUACAUACUGUUUACACAUUGCCCAACAGCGGGACAUCUUUCUGACAGUGGUGGAGUCCAGACAGCAUGAACUCUUGCCAGAUUCAAAUAUGCCUGCGCAGUUCCUCACAAUCCGUGUUUCCAGUGUUAAUCCUAAUGUGAAAACUUUUGAUAUCCGGCUUAAUUCAUCAGAGUAUGGGGAACUACGAGAGAAGCUUCAUGCUCCCAUCCGUAAUGCUGCUAAUGUGGUAAUUCAUCAGAGCCUCAGUGACUUGUUUCUGGAAACCUUUAUCUCUUUGGUAGAGAUGAAUCAGACAUACUCUAUUCCAAGCAAUCAGGAGCUAGACCUAUGCAUUGGAUGUAUGCAAACUAAUGCAAAUAUCAAACUUUUGAAAAACUGUCAAGAACCCAAUGAAGGGGAGUGUCAACAAUGCUACUGUCGUCCUAUGUGGUGCCUUACUUGCAUGGGCAAAUGGUUUGCCAGCCGACAGGACCAGCAGCAUCCAGAGACGUGGCUAUCAAGCCAUGUGCCUUGUCCCACCUGCCGAGCGAAAUUCUGCAUUUUAGAUGUCUGUGUUAUACGAUAAAUUAGUUCUGAGACAUUCUUAAAUCUGAAUUGAAAUGUGGAUGUACCUUAAAUGUAGAAGUACAUAGCAACUAUUUAUUACUUUUGAUUUUCUCUUCAUUGGGAUGUUCCAUGCUAUCUUGUUUUCUUUUCUGUUUAGUUUUGUUCUCUUUUAACUCAGAUCUAAGUAUGGUAGUACGGGCAUUGGUUCCACCAUCCUUGAAAGAGUUGUAACUCUCUUCAGUUUUAGGAAAUAGUGAAAUCACAUCAGACUUCUCCUAAAACAAUGAGCUGUAAAUUAUGCAUAAGUGAUGCACUGUUUUUAAAGAUAAAUGUUCUGAAAUGCAAUUAUAUUUUAUUUUGUAAAUCAGUCUUUAUGGGAUGACAGCCCUUCUUGAUUUUAAUUUAGAAAUCACCCCAUAUUCAACAAGAAUCACAAUUCAUAUUCUUGUAGGGAAUUCAAUCUCAAAUACCCGAAAUAUCUUUAUAUAAAAUUUUCUUAUAUUCUGCCUUUUGAAAUUGUUAAGUUUAGGUGUUUUUUUUAAUGUACUGGGUGGGAUCCAGAUUAGUUUACUUGAAAUAUGUUCCAAUAGAAAUCAGUGAGACUUAUUUCAGUAGGCUACGCAUAACUGGGAAAACUGAUUUGAGCUGGAAUUGAAUCAUUGAGUCAGUUGCUGAACUCAACUGACGGUUCAGUGGGUCUGUUGCGAUUGGGAAUAGCAGCUUAUGCCAAAGUUCAGUUAGCCCACUCAAAAUAAAUACCAUAGAAUUCAAUGACCUACUCAGAUACGGAUUGCAGCCUUAUUCUGGUUCAAAGGCGCUAAUCCUAAAAUAUGCACCAUAAUUCACCAACAAUUCUUAAUAGUAUUUUAAUAAGAAAAAUAUUACCCAUAGUAUUGUUUUUGCAUUCAUGAUUCAGGGGCUCUUGAUCAUUAUCUCAAGAUGAGGCAUACGUGUGAGACAAUAUUCAUUGCAUCUUUGUCAUGCAAAUGCUGUCCCAAAACUUUUGCUAGCAGUUCAUAGUAUUUUGGACUGUUUUCCCAGCAUUAUUUAAAGCACCAUUAUAUGAAUCUUCAAACCUACUUUGAUUUAACUGAUUUUUUAAAAAUAUUACUGUUUUAGGAUCACCCUUAAUCUGUAUCAGGUUACUGUAAUCAAAAUCUACAGGGUUGAUUGCCUGUAUUUUCUAUGUAUCCACACUCCACUAAAGUGGACAAAAGUAUACUUUUAUAAAUCCUGCAAUUAAUAUUUGUUUGGGGCUAUACCACAUUCAUAUAUUUCACAGUGCUCCACUCUUUGAUUCAAGCUGAUUCAUAGUCCUUGUGAAAAUCCAUUCUUACGUUUCUGUCCUAUUUGAACUUGUUUAAAACUAAGCCAGUUUGCUCUAGAACAGUAGAAGGCUGAAUUGCAAAACAUCAGAUAUCCAGGAUUUGAUUCUGAAAGAAUGCCAACCUGGCAAGACCUGAGAGUGUGAGGAGAUAGAAUUUGUGACCUGUCAUGAUCCCUUCCUUCUGACUUGAUGCCCUAUCUAUAGUUCGAGUGUAUAUUUGAAACUGGGCGGCCAGAACAGCAUAGGGCCUCUGUUGCCAUUUUGCCCACCCUGCUGCUCAGCAGUCUCCCCUGCUGAGCUAGCCAGGAAUUAAUGUUUAUUCUUUUUUCACAUAGCAUGCAAACCUUUUUUCCUCAGUGACUUGAACUCUCAGUUCUGUGAGAAAUUACCACAUUGUGAAUUUCUUGUCCCAGCUGUAAAGCCCUUCAUUUUUUCAACCUAAAAUAGUAGGCCCUUGAUAGGGAAAUUUGAGUAACAGGAAAAUUAGUGGUUAGGAAAUCUGUAGUAGUGGCUUGAAGGUUAGGACAUAAAUAAAUGGCUUGGACAGUAUGCACUUAUACUGUGUAUAGUUUACACCAGAUAACACCAUUGUUAUAGGGACUCGGCCACUCUACUUUUGUAUAGAUGACAAGAUUUUUCUGAUCAUGUAAUUCUUUUACAUGUCUGAAGUCACCAGCAAGGUGCAGUUUCAUAAUUUUUACACCAUACCUGUUAUAACUAAAUAAGAACCUUCUUCCUAUAAAUGCAAAGGGAUAAAAACAGUUUAUAGCUGCUCUUUGGUUCUGAUUUGAGGAUAUACUCAUAUUGUAAUUGACUUUAACAAUGUUUUGUUAUUUUUCUGAACAAUCUUAUGGAUGUUUAUUUGCAAGCACAGAAUUAUAUCUUCUUGAUGGAUGGGCAGGGAAGUGGACAUAGAUAGGUAUGACUAAAAAAGAUGAAAGAUUUGUAUUUCCCAUUUCAUUCAUACAACACAAGUUGUAAUCCAUGUAUUUUACAAUAAAACUUUAUCUCCAUA